UUCUCAAGAAUGCAUUUCAGUCGUAAACAAGUCCUGUUGCUCACAACAGUAAAAUUAAUAAAUAAUAACUAUGGGAAAGGUACAGGUUUGCCUUUUGAUUCUGACAGUGCUGGUCGUGUUUUUGGCGGUCUUCGCUUCAGUUGAUGGACUCCCUGUACCGGAGCCCCAAAAUGGACAAAAUCGCAAGACGACUCCACCUCCAGGGAGUGGCGGCGGUGGAGGCGGCGGUGGGGGCGGUGGGGGUGGCGGUGGUGGCGGAGGAGGUGGGGGCGGUGGAUGCAUCCUUUGUCGGUGAUACGUAAAACCGAAUUCUUUCUGAUUGUAAUUCCCAUUGCUACUCAAUGACAACUCGGCGAUGACAAUAUUUAUUUAAUCAAUAUCGGAUAUGAUUAAACUAUUAUCUCUGUCCUUCUGGUUUUAUUAUUACGGUUAUAGGGUCAGUAGGUGAAUAAAAUACGAAUGAAAAUUUAUCAGUUUGAGCUAUAAUUAUUUAGUCACAACAAGUGAUGAAUGUUAUUCAAAAAUAAAUGGCGAGAAAUCGGUUAAUACUUUUUAGGGAAUGUUUUAUAUUUUUAUACUUUACUAAAAUCAUUAUCAAAAAUUACGUGCAAUAUGAAAUGAUUCAAUGAAAAUAAAAAUGAAUAAAAAAAAAUCAACAAAUGAAUAAAUAAAA